AUGACAGAGGUGCAGCCAGUGUUGGACUUUGCCUCAUCAGGAAGGUCUGGACGACGUAAUGCUCUGCCUGACAUUUUAGGCUCACCAGCAGGGGUUAACCCGUCUGAUCUUCCCCUGAAAUUGACUGAGCUGUCUCUCACAGAUGGGCCAGGAGGAGUUCAGUCACCAACAUCAGAGGAGGUCUGUCUGCCUUCAGAGAGCGCUGAGGGAAAGGAUGAAUCAUAA